AUGACAGAUUACGACUAUGAAAUGCGUUUAAAAUACGCAAAGUCAUAUCAAACAACAGUUCUUGUUGCUGUUGCCUUAAGGUAAGUUUUUUUAAUUUUUUUAAACAAAAAAUAUCAAAUAUUUAUAUGUUAACAUACCUAAAAAUUUUAAAAAAAAACCUUUAAUUUUAUCCAAAAAAGCUAAUAAAAAAGCUGUUUUACUACAAAUUACAACUUUUCAAAAACUGUAAAUAUAACAUUUUAGCUCUUUAGCUGUGUUCUCAAGCAUCGUAGUGAUCCCGAUGGUGUACUUCCGAAUGCAGCAAACACUUACAAUAAUUGAGCCCAACAUUGAGGAAUGUAAAGUGCAAACUGAAAUCAUUUGGAAAGAUAUAGAAGCCACAGAAGAAGUAAGUCAAUAUUCAACUUUACCGUACUCUAUUAUGCCCAGCCUAUAGAAAAUGUUCAUUUUAGGCCAUUGGUACAAAACCAUCUGCCCAUCGUCGACUUCGGCGUCAUACGUCAAGGCAACUUAUCGCUUCUAGUGGUUACUCCACUGCAUUCCCCGGAAAACAAAACUACGCAACAGCCAAGACGGUGGGCUUGACAGCCGGCCCGUAUGAAAAUGGUACACCAGAUGCAAAAGGCACAGCUGCUGGAGAUUCAAAUCAGCAAUGUUGUGGAUGCUCGGUUGGACUAGCUGGACCAGUUGGCCCACCUGGACUGCCUGGAGAUCCAGGUAUAAUUUGAUUUUGCAAAGACCCCCCUUCCCCCCCCCCUCCGCUAAAAACAGAAGUAUUAAAAAGUACAUCCUAUCUUCAAAUUUCAGGACAAGAUGGACCAGAAGGACCAAAAGGUACGCCUGGAAAAGACGCCAACUUAUUGGAAGGGAAUCCGACUGAAGAUGACUUUUGUUUCGACUGUCCACCUGCUCCGGCUGGUCCACCUGGCGACCCAGGACCACCUGGGGUGGAAGGACCAACCGGAGAACCCGGUCCAAACGGCCGAAACGGAGAACCUGGACCUCCGGGACCACCCGGAUAUCCUGGUCCAACUGGAGAACCGGGCCCACCAGGAGAGCCUGGAGACCCGGGAAAUGAGGGAAGAGUAAGAUUUUUAGAAUAAAUUAAAAAAUGUUACUAAAAGGACUAAAUAAAACAAACUUUAGAUAACAAUAGAAGAAGGCCCACCAGGUCCUCCAGGACCACCUGGUCCACGUGGACUUCAAGGUGCACCGGGACAAGAUGGUCGUCAAGGUCAAGAUGGUGGAUAUGGACCAAUGGGACCUCCAGUAUGUCUUACAUUCCAAAUAAUUAACUUUUUUGGUACUAAAUCUACUAAAAAUUAAUUGCAGGGUGAAAAAGGAGCACGUGGUCCCAGAGGAUCCAAUGGUGCUGAUGGAGCACGGGGAAAACCUGGUCAAAACGUAAGUUUUACACUUCAUUUUCUCUAUAAGAAUGAAAAUAUUUUUAGGGUCCUAAAGGAUCUUGCGACCAUUGUCCAGAACCAAGGUUGGAAACCGGCUACUGGGAGAAACGACCCCCACAGCUACUACAAGUCUAG